AUGUACUGGAAGGCACUCAGCCUGCUGGCCGCGGCAGCUGUCUCAGUCGAUGCCGCUGCCACGCUCCGCUUCUCUUGCUCACAGCUCGUGGUUGAGCGACUAGACCCCCUGGUCAACCCCGGCAUGAUGCCUUCGGUGCAUCUGCAUCAGGUCGUCGGCGGUAACUCCUUCAAUGCCUCCAUGGAUCCUGCCACCCAUAAUAUCGCCGAGGAAUCGACAUGCACCUCGUGCACACCAACCGAAGACUUCUCCAACUAUUGGACCGCCGUCCUCUUCUUCCGUGCCCGAAACGGCACCUUCCACCGGGUCAACACCUUUGGCAACGAGCUCGGCUUCACCGGCGCCUCGGGCGGCCAGACCGUCUACUACCUCUCCUCGGGCAAGGUCACGGCCUUCAAGCCCGGGUUCCGCAUGACCGUCGGCGACCCGUCCUUCCGCACGGCGCAGCAGCUCAACGCCAAGUACCGGUUCAUGGACUACACGUGCCUCGACUCGCCCAUGACGCGUGGCGGCGCCACGACAAGCUUCCCCAACAAGCAGUGCCGCGCGGGCAUCAUGGUCUCGAUCCGCUUCCCGACGUGCUGGGACGGCAAGAACAUCGACUCACCCGACCACCAGUCGCACGUCGCCUACCCGCGCGGCGCCGCCUGCCCGGCCACCCACCCGGUCGCCAUCCCGCAGGUCUUCUACGAGACGUACUGGGACACGCGGCCCUUCAACGACAGGGCGCUGUGGCCGGCCGACGGGUCGCAGCCCUUCGUGUGGUCGUUCGGCGACAAGACCGGGUACGGCAUCCACGGCGACUACAUGUUUGGCUGGAAGGGCGACGCGCUGCAGCGCGCCAUGGACACCAACUGCAACAGCGACCUGUUCUCCAACCGGAUCAACUGCCCGACGCUCAAGACGCAGACGCUCGACCAGGCCAACAAGUGCACCAUCAAGAGGCAGAUCAACGAGGACCUCGACGCGUGGCUGACGGAGCUGCCCGGCGGCAUGAUGGUGACUUGA